UUCCUUCACCUACUGCGGUUACUAAGUGGAGAUGACAGCAUUGCAGCCAUUUAGUGACGAACAAUUAAAUUUCUUUAAGUUCUCGUCCUUAGUGUUAAAUGAAUUCCCCAAAGCCUUACAGGAGACCUUUAAAACAAUGUGGGACAACACGUAUGGACAUCUCCCUGGUUUCCAGCUCUGGGAUGAUUCCACUGCUGUCAGAAAAAUGUUCGACUCUGAAGAAGCAAAAAGUGGCAAGAAGACUAAAGUUCCUGUUCUUCAGUCCUACAACGAAUGGGAUUGUACCAACCUGUUCCAGGCUACUAUAUUUGCGCGGUCCUUUGCCCCACCAGCCAGUACAGGCUCCUCCACCACACUAAGUGAUUUGUAUGUGAAGCCCCGUGCAGUACCUUAUGGUAGUUUUCACGCACGUGUGGUCAGCCCCAGUGGAAACACGGCAGAGACCUUUGCACUUGCCAUUGACCAGCUCCGCCUUCUUAGAAAUUCCCUGUGUCACUCCAUCAGUAGUGAGAUGGACAAAGCGACAUUUGACCAGCGCGUGAAGUACGCCAGAGACGCGUUUCAAGCCCUUGGUGUCCCGACAGCUUCAAUUGACGCACUUGGUAGUUUGACGGAGUCAGACUUUCCCACAAAUGAAGUUCGAAAAUUGGAAGCAAGAAUCCGAGACGAGACUCGGGCGUACGUCAAAUGUCUCGAGGACUUUAGAGAAGGUCUGGAGAGGUUGAGUUCAGACAUCAGUGAUUUAAAGCAACAGGUCGAAGUGGAUAAUGCCAGCAAAGAAGACAUCACUAGGUUGGAAAAAAAGAUUGAUGAAUUGAAAGUAGGAAGAGACGAACAUGAUAAUCUACCUGACAACUCAGGUAAGAUUUUGAGAAAUUGUUCCAGCCGAAGGGUCAGUUUACGGUGGACUGGUUAAUUCAGCUAAUCCCAUUUACAAGAAACAACCUCAAAUCCUGACUUUUUCUUUUUCAUCAGAGCCUUCAGAUUGUAACGUAGUUAAAAAAGGUAACAGUCUAAGCCGCGGAGAGUACACCUUUUUCCAGUUAGGGUUUGUUUGCACCUACAAGUCUUCUGUAGCUCAAUGGUAGAGCAUCUCUUGACUCUGUUGACUCCUUUUCAGCCGCCUGCCAGACACUGCCUGAAGAACAUCUUUCUCAAGGUUUUGUUAUGUAUGAAAAAAAAAAAGAACUAUAAGAUUCCUUAAUAUAAAAAGAUGAAGGAAUGGCCUUGGGUCGAUGUCAUAACCAAAACUCUUUUCCUAAAUCAUCAUGUUUCGUAUAAAUAUAAAAUUUAGGGAUUUGAAUUCACUGCAAGAAUAUCAUUUGUACAUUGAAUGACGGGUCAAAAUUGACUUAUUUAUAUAUUUAUUUUUUAAGAUUUUAACUGAUUUCUUUUUCACUUUUGGUCUUUUCUCAUCAUCAAAGGUAUGAGACCGUCGCUCUCGAGAGCCUACCUUCCUUCAAUGGUUCCUAAUUUCACUGGGAGACAGAGCGAGGUUGAAGAGAUCAUCGGAUAUGUCACUUCCGAAUCCACCCGACUUGUGUCGAUCUGGGGUUCACCUGGAUUCGGAAAAACGUCGGUUGCAAUUGCAGUGGGACACGCUCUUCAGACUCAAGGGCUGCCUAUGUACUGGGUUUCAUUGAGAGGACUUCAGUCAAAGGCGGAUCUGACUUCAAAGAUUCUUAGUCUUCUAACGCAACCAGCCAUUCAAGAAAAACAACCGUCCGAUCAGCUUCUAUCCCUUGAUGAUAAGAUUUGCCAACUAUUCAGUGAAAUAUCAAAACAAUCUGCAUUCAUCCUAGAUAAUGCUGAUGAUUUGUUAGAAAGUGGUCGGCCAAAAGUGAAGGAAGAGGUCAUGCAACUUCUUGAAGAAAUUCUGAGACAAAAUCCAAGGGUGACAUUCAUUGUAACUACAAGAGAGUCCCUUGAGUUUAUGGACGUCCAUUUUCAAGGCCAUCGAGGUUUAAGAAUAGGAAAAUUGUGUGAAGCCUCUGCUCAAACGCUAAUUCAUGAGUUACUUCCACAUGCGAGCGUUGCAGACUGCAGAAAAAUCGCACAACUUUGCGGACAAGUUCCUUUAGCCAUGAAAUUAAUGUGUUCUUUGAUAUCUGAAGACAGUGCUUCACCGCGCCAUUUUCUGGAUAAUUUCAUGACAUCUUCCUCAGAGAGUAUCGUCAAAGUUUUGGACAACCAAGAUUAUCCGACCAGUCAUCGAUUAAAGUUCGUCUUUGAUUCCUCAUUCCAGAGACUGUCUGAGCAGGAACAAGAAUCAUUAAUUUCUUUAAGCAUUCUCCCCGAGAAUUUCAGUACAGAAGUCGCUGCAGCCGUUUUAGGUAAGAAAACCGCAUUCGAAGCCAAGAGAAUGUUACAAAGUCUUCGGAGGAAGUCACUGAUUGAUUCAAGCACUAAACCCGGGACUUUCACGAUGCACAAACUCUUGCAAUCAUUUACGAGACAGAAAGGAGAUACUGACAUGAAAGAGACGAUUCUCAACGCAAAGGGUCGUUUGAAUGCAUUCUAUGUCUCGCACUUUGAUAACCUAAAUGAACAAUUUCUCACCGGGCAUUCCAUGGCUGCAUAUGUUGCUUUCUAUGAGGACAAAGAGAGCAUUACUCAAAGCCUCGUAGAGGGAUGCUUUGAUCUCAAGAUAGCUGACACUGUCUUUGAAAUUUUGGUCAAGGGGGAGUUGUUUCUUGACUCGCUUUUUUGGAGUGACGGGAAAAACUUUGAUUACAUGUACGAUGCUGCCAUAAAAGCAGCCAAUCAGCAUGGAAAGGAAAAAUACCACAGACAGUUACUUUCUUCAAAAGCUUUUGGCGAGGUAACCUGGGGACGAGCAGGGCAGACGAAUCAUCUUCUCUCUAAAGUAAAAGUAAAGCAAGCAGCAUCGUCCGAUGUCUCUAACCAAGAAAAAGGCAAAUGCUUGAGCUAUUUAGGAAUUUUUUACCUUACCGCAAACGAAUCGAAGAGCGGAGUCCAGUGCUUAAAAGAGGCGCUUUCAUCACUGGAAAAUUGCAAGGACCCAGAAUCGUUAAUUCUGAAGCUUCUUAUUUUUCAGAUCCUGGCUUGCUAUUAUGAGGCCUUAAAUGACUUCUACAAUGCGAAUAACUUCUAUUUCAAAUCACUACAUUUGUGUUCUGCAGGGGGAGAUUGGAAGCUGCUAAUAAUUCCGCCACCGAAAGGCAAAGCAAAGGACGCCAAGGAUGAAAUUCAAGUUGGAAAGAUGUCAGACACCUUACUCAAUGAACCGCUUGAAUUUAAUUUUGCCUAUCUCUUAAGCAAAGCUACAGAGGUUUUCUCCGACGCUAAAACCAAGCAAUAUUCAAGCAACUUGGUUCUUCAGAUGCUAGAGUGUCUCGAAAAAGAGGUUAGAAUUUCACCUGGCUUGCUAAUUUUUCAUAGAGCUGUGAUACAACUGUUGUGGGAGUUAAAUAGUGAAGACCCUGUGAAUUUUUUUUGGUCAAGAAUCAAAUAUCAUGAACAAAUACUCCAGCAAUGCCAAGAAAGUUUACUCACUAAUGAUGAAUAUGGCGGUAGCCGUUAUAGUCAAAUACAAACUGAAGCACUUGUAAAGUGCUACAUAGACCUGGGAAAUGUUUACAAGCAAGAAAAUAAUUACUCAGAGGCACUUCAGUCAAACCUGCGAGCGCUUGACAUAGCAACAAGAUUCUUUGGAGAAAAACACGAAAGUACUGCUGACAGCUACAGGGAACUCGGUGUAACACAAAACAACAUGCAUGACUACAGCGCAGCUCUACAAUCUCACCAGCAUGCAUUAGCUAUCCGUAUUAAACUGUUUGGAGCAGAACAUGAAAGCACUGCUGACAGCUACAUGGCCCUUGGUGGAACACAAUACAUCAUGCAUGACUACAGCGCAGCUCUACAAUCUCACCAGCAUGCAUUAGCUAUCCAUCUAAAACUAUUUGGAGAGGAACAUGAAAGCACUGCUCACAGCUACAUGGCCCUUGGUGGAACACAAUACAUCAUGCAUGACUACAGCGCAGCUCUACAAUCCCACCAGUAUGCAUUAGCUAUUCAUCUUAAACUAUUUGGAGAGGAACAUGAAAGCACUGCUGACAGCUACAGGCAACUCGGUGUAACACAAAACAACAUGCAUGACUACAGCGCAGCUUUACAAUCUCACCAACAUGCAUUAGCUAUCCGUAUUAAACUAUUUGGAGAAGAACAUGAAAGCACUGCUGACAGCUACAGGAAACUCGGUGUAACACAAAACAACAUGCAUGACUACAGCGCAGCUCUACAAUCUCACCAGCGUGCUUUAGCUAUCCGUAUUAAACUAUUUGGAGAGGAACAUGAAAGCACUGCUCACAGCUACAUGGCCCUUGGUGGAACACAAAACAACAUGCAUGACUACAGCGCAGCUCUACAAUCUCACCAGCAUGCACUAACUAUCCGUAUUAAACUAUUUGGAGAGGAACAUGAAAGCACUGCUCACAGCUACAUGGCCCUUGGUGGAACACAAAACAACAUGCAUGACUACAGCGCAGCUCUACAAUCUCACCAGCAUGCACUAACUAUCCGUAUUAAACUAUUUGGAGAGGAACAUGAAAGCACUGCUCACAGCUACAUGGCCCUUGGUGGAACAAAAAACAACAUGCAUGACUACAACGCAGCUCUACAAUCUCACCAGCGUGCAUUAGCUAUCCAUCUUAAACUAUUUGGAGAGAACCAUAAAAGCACUGCUCACAGCUACAUGGCCCUUGGUGGAACACAAAACAACAUGCAUGACUACAGCGCAGCUCUACAAUCUGAGCAGCGUGCAUUAGCUAUCCGUAUUAAACUAUUUGGAGAGAACCAUAAAAGCACUGCUCACAGCUACAUGGCCCUUGGUGGAACACAAAACAACAUGCAUGACUACAGCGCAGCUCUACAAUCUGAGCAGCGUGCAUUAGCUAUCCAUCUUAAACUAUUUGGAGAGAACCAUAAAAGCACUGCUCACAGCUACAUGGCCCUUGGUGAAACACAAUACAUCAUGCAUGACUACAGCGCAGCUCUAAAAUCUCACCAGCGUGCGUUAACUAUCCAUCUUAAACUAUUUGGAGAGGAACAUGAAAGCACUGCUCACAGCUACAUGGCCCUUGGUGGAACACAAAACAACAUGCAUGACUACAACGCAGCUCUACAAUCUCACCAGCGUGCAUUAGCUAUCCAUCUUAAACUGUUUGGAGAAGAACAUGAAAGCACUGCUGACAGCUACAGGCAACUCGGUGUAACACAAUACAACAUGCAUGACUACAGCGCAGCUCUACAAUCUCACCAGCGUGCUUUAGCUAUCCGUAUUAAACUAUUUGGAGAAGAACAUGAAAGCACUGCUGACAGCUACAGGGAACUCGGUGUAACA